AUGGUUAUGCAUUUUCUUCUUAUGCUUCUUUUUGCAGUGUCCAAUGUUGCAGCUGAUGAAGAACCAUUCAUUGGAGUCAACAUUGGUACAGAUCUCUCGGACAUGCCUCACCCUACACAAGUAGUUGCAUUGCUCAAAGCUCAACAAAUUCGACAUAUUCGACUUUAUAAUGCAGACCAAGCUAUGCUAACUGCAUUAUCAAAAUCAGGAAUUCAAGUUGUUAUCUCUGUCCCAAAUGAAGAGCUCUUAGCAAUUGGUCAAUCGAAUUCCACUGCUUUAAAUUGGGUUUCUCGCAAUGUGUUAGCAUAUUAUCCAUCCACAAAUAUCACAUCAAUUUGUGUUGGUUCUGAGGUUUUAACCACACUCCCAAAUGCAGCAAAGCUCUUGGUCAAUGCACUUAACUACAUCCAUUCAGCUCUUGUCGCGUCGAAACUCGAUUCCAAAAUCAAAGUCUCCACGCCGCUUCCUUCUACCAUCAUACUUGAUUCAUUUCCACCUUCACAGGCCUUUUUCAACACUUCGAUGAAUCAAGUCUUGAUUCCAAUGCUUGAUUUCUUGCAAUCCACUCAAUCUUAUCUCAUGCUUAACGUUUAUCCUUACUAUGAUUACAUGGAAUCAAACGGUGCAAUCCCUUUGGAUAAUGCACUUUUCAAACCAAUUCCACCAAACAAAGAAUCUAUUGAUUCCAACACACUUCUCCACUACUCCAAUGUGUUUGACGCUGUCGUAGAUGCAACUUAUUUCGCAAUGUCGUAUCUGAAUUUCACCAACAUUCCUGUCGUCGUGACCGAAACUGGUUGGCCUUCAAAAGGUGGUUCUAAUGAGCCUGAUGCAACACUAGACAAUGCUAAUGCUUACAACAGCAACUUGAUCAAGCAUGUUUUGAACAAAACCGGAACACCGAAACACCCCGGAAUUAGCGUUAGUGCUUACAUCUACGAGCUCUACAAUGAGGACACAAAGCCAGGGGCAUUGUCAGAGAAAAACUGGGGGCUAUUUGAUUCAAAUGCUGUGCCGGUUUAUGUUUUGCAAUUGACAGGUUCAGGAGCAGUUUUGGCAAAUGAUACAAGUAAAGAAACCUACUGCAUUGCAAAAGAUGGUGCUGAUCCAAAGAUGUUGCAGGCAGGAAUAGAUUGGGCUUGUGGACCUGGAAAAGUGGAUUGUUCUCCAUUGUUGCAGGGAAAACCAUGUUAUGAUCCUGAUAAUGUUGUUGCUCAUGCUAACUAUGCUUUUGAUAGUUAUUAUCAUCAGAUGGGAAAGUCUAGUGAGUCUUGUGAUUUCAAGGGCAUGGCUACUAUCUCCACUUCUGAUCCAAGUCAUGGUUCUUGUAUAUUUUCAAGAAGGUUUGGAAGAAAUGGCAUCUUCUCUAACGCCCCUGCGCCAACGCCGAAUUUCUCAGACUCUUCUGCAUGUGAACUGGGAGCUAGAAGUUUUCUAAUCAUGAUUGGAUUUGUAAUAUGGGGAGUGAUUUGGCUAUAA